AAUUGCUCUUAGUUUCCAAGGUGCUAUUGGAUACCGCAUUGCGCUCAGAGCACACACAAGCAUAUACGGAGUAGCGCUCAAUUCGAAACCACCCCCUUCAAACCAGGCUGCGCACGCGCGCAACAUCUCAAAGCCUCACAAGUUUCAACCCAGCGAUCAAACAACCAUGUCCGAACCCAUCCCCGAGAGCAUUCCCACGUCGGCCGACCCGCGCUCCAAACGGCCUCUCAAGAAGCGCGCCGUGAACCAUACUCCGGCAGCCGCACAAGCCGCGUCUCUGGAGGCGCUCUUCGCGAAACCCGAUCAGGAGAUCCGGAUCCCGUCGCCGGCGUCCAGCAGCGCGCCCAGUAAGAAUUUCUCUGCGCCCCCCGAGAUCGUGGCGAAUGUGCAGGGCAGUAGUGCGGGCGCGGGCAGCGGAGAGUUUCAUGUGUAUAAGGCGAGUAGGAGGCGCGAGUAUGAGAGGUUGAGAGCUAUGGAGGAAGAGGUGGCGAAGGAGAGGGAGGAGGAGAAGUGGGAACGGGAGAAGAGGGAGAGGGAGGAGAGGGAUAGGGAGAAGACGAGGAAGAAUAGGGAGAAGAGGGAGAGGUUGAAGUUGAAGAAGGGGAAGAAGGGUGGGAAGACAGAGGGGGAGAGUAUGGAGGGUAUAGAGAAGGUGGGCAUGAAGCCGAGAGAUGAUGGCGGUCCGCGGAAUGAUGUUCAAGAGGAGCAGGAUGGGACUAUGAAGGCCGUGGAGGAGGUGGGCGUUAUUAUUCAUGAUGAUGAUUGAGAGGUACAACAUACGGGGCUGACGAUAAACCUGGAAUCGAGGGCUCACUCUGCAUGAUGAGGUUAGACGAGACAUUUCGGACUGCACGGCUAGGGACUGCACAACUAGGGAUUGGCAUGAUCAGACUGAUCAGACUGGCUUGCAUCAAACACGCACAUGCAUUAGCCUCGAGCUUCUAUGCUAUGUUACAAGAGUAUGCUCGUCUCAUGACCAUCGCUUUUAUACACUAACAUUGGAAAACAAAGCAAUCUACUCCUCGCCGCCACCUGGAGCUCCACCACCUGCCUGUCUUGCAGCUUUUGCGCUGCAGAUAUCGUCCACUCUCAAGAGCAGGCAGG